UAUCCAAUAAUUACUACGUCUCUUGCAAGAAAUUUAGCUAGCAACCGAGUGCCUUCUUUGUUACUUCCGUCCAGUAAAUAUAUACAACAAAUCUAGUUUCCUCAUCCUCUGCCAAAAUAUAACAAUCUCCUCUUAGUCCUUCAUAUAAUUUGAUCAAGGAGUGUAAUCCAAUUUCGUAUUCCAAGCUAGUUCAAGCCAUCGACAAUUAAUGGGAAACCUGGCAUUCUAUAUCUCAUGUUGCAUGUGUUUAGCCUUCCUCUCAAUUCUUGUCAAGUUCUUGAAAGAAGUAUGGUGGAAACCAAUUCGCAUACAAUCCAUGAUGAGGUCACAAGGAAUCAGAGGCCCUUCUUAUAAAUUCAUCCAUGGAAACACCAAAGAGAUUAUCAAUAUGAGAAAGAGUGUCCAAAGCACUCCCAUGGAGUUAUCACAUCAUGAGUUGCUCCCGAUAGUACAGCCACACAUUCAUGCAUGGAUCAAGCUAUAUGGGAUGACUUUCAUGUAUUGGCAUGGUUCUCAAGCUCAACUGGUUGUGACGGAACCUGAUCUGAUUAAAGAAAUCCUUAACAAUAAAAACGGAGCAUUUCCGAAAAGAAAUCUUCCAGUUUACAUGAAGAAGCUAUUGGGGGAUGGAAUUGUAGCAGCCAAUGGUGAAAAAUGGUUCAAGCUGCGAAAACUAUCCAACCAUGCUUUCCAUGCAGAGUGCUUGAAAAGCAUGAUUCCGGCAAUGAUUGCCAGUGUCGAGGUGAUGCUUAAAAGAUGGAGACAACAUGAUGGCAAGGAGAUUGACGUGUUUCAAGAGUUCAAGCUUUUGACAUCAGAAAUUAUUUCCAGGACAGCUUUUGGAAGCAGCUACCUGGAAGGACAACAUGUAUUUGACAUGUUAACCAAAAUGGGUGACAUUAUUGUCAGGAACCAUUAUAAGAUUACAAUUCCUGGAAUUGGAAAAUUUGUGAAAAUGAGGGAUGAUAUUGAAUCAGACAAGCUCGAGCAAGAGAUGAGAAAUUGCUUCAUAAAUAUGAUUAAGAAUAGAGAGAAAGCAGCUACGGAGGGAAAAUGGGGCGACUUUGGAAGUGAUUUUCUUGGAAUACUAUUGUUGGCUCAUCAUGAAACAGAUGAGGCAAAAAGAAUAUCUGUUGAAGACAUCAUUGAUGAAUGCAAAACCUUCUAUUUUGCUGGACAUGAAACAACCAGAACCUCACUCACCUGGACUGUUCUUCUUUUAGCAUUUCAUACAGAUUGGCAGGAUAAGGCCAGGAGGGAGGUCCUUGAAUUAUUUGGCAUGCAAAAUAUUCCAAACCCAGAAGGCAUCACAAAACUGAAGACGGUGAGCAUGAUUAUCAAUGAAACUAUACGAUUAUAUUCUCCUGCUAUUCACAUCCCAAGGAUGGUCCGCAAGGAAGUAAGAUUGGGGAAACUAAUUAUUCCAGCAAACACAGAUAUCUAUAUUCCACUUGUUGUAGUUCACCAUAACCCUGAAAUAUGGGGAGAAGAUGCUCACCUUUUCAAGCCAGAGAGAUUUGCAGAUGGGGUCGCUAAAGCUACAAACAAUAACAUGAAUGCAUUUCUUCCAUUUGGCUUGGGACCUCGGAGUUGUGUGGGGUUAAACUUCUCAUUUACUGAAACAAAGAUUGCGCUUGCAAUGAUCCUGCAACAUUACAGGUUUACUUUAUCUCCAACUUAUAUCCACUCACCAGCUCACCUUCUUACGAUGUCCCCACGACAUGGAGUCCAAAUCAUGCUCGAGACCUUGUAAAUCUUCACUGUAAUUGUAUUUCUGUAUUUUUGAAUGUAUGUCAUUGUAUUUUUCUUACCUCCAAAUAUCAUGAAUCGAAAGAUUAUUGAGCAUCCAA